AUCAAUAAUAAAUACCCUCACAAUCAACAUACAUGACGAUCGCAUCAGUUGUCAGUGUUGAUUGUCAAUAAGUUGAAAAUUAUGAUAAAAGCUUAAAUGGAAAGAAAUACUUAUGGUGAAAGUUGUUCUUUGCAAAAUGACCAACCCUCUCAUAUUUCUCUCACUGCCAAGCAAGGCUUGAUGGACAUAAGAACUCCUCUGGGAAUCAGUGCAAUAGAGAUUGGAAGUUGGAGUGAUUUGGAGGAUUUCAGAGGAGCCAGAACGUUGAGAAUCUGCUCUCAUAUCGCAAGCAUUUUAUGGUUUCUGUGUAGUACCUUAGCACAGCUUUGCUGGAAAAUGUGCAAAAUAACAUCUCACCAUACACCGUCCUACAAUACUGGCAUGAAUACCCCAGAGCAGAAAAACUUGCUGGAUACUGUGCCAUUCAAGAAAAAUAAAAAUGAAACAUUUCAUGUGCAAAAUACCUAAGCAGUUAAAUGUCCGCCUAGUCAUAUAACUAACGAGUAAGGACGAUGAAAAAUUCAAAAAUCAAAUGAAGAAUAACCCUUUUAGCUGCAAAGUACAACAAUUCAAAUAUGUUCAAAUACAAAUAAUAAUAAUAAUGUCUACUUUGAAACCCCUCUAACUUGGGAACCAGCGUUAUUCACAGCUUCUGAUCAGAUU